GGAGCCGAGUGUAGUAAGAGUUGAACAGUAGUGAGGGAGUGGUGAGAAACUGCAGCUAGAUUGUAGGAGCGUUUCUGUAAGCAUGAGAACAAGGAACUGAAAUAAGAAGGUUUGCUAAUCCUCUUCUUGCCACAUUGUCUUUCAUUUUCUUCUUGUCUUGAGGGAGUGGGCGGCUGCAGCAGGGGAUAAGGAGGUUUGCAAAACAAACAGCUGAGUAGAGGAACUGUGUGUAGAGGGGGAGUGGAGCCAUGUCCUGUAAAGUCCAUUCCAGUGCUUCAGGGCAACCACCCUAGUGUUCACUAUUGUGUCAGAAAGAAAAAAAAAUUGUGGGCCCUUUGUGUGGGAAGGCCUCAGUAGGGAAGUGAUUUGCAACUGCCUGAGCCUACCAGUAAAGCUAGCUCCCUGACUCACACAACACGCAACUCUGUGUGCCGCAGCCUAUGCUAGUCACAUCUGUACCUGAGAGGGGCCCACAGCGACACCGGGCUUCUUCUUCUGGUGAUGAGGACAGACGUCAGACUGCCCCAUGAAUAUUGAUGUGGAGGAUAGUCUGCUUUCGUAGACGAACAGAAGAAAGCAAGAUGGCUGCCCUUUAGGAUUUUUUAAAAAGGAGACCCAGAGUGUUUCUGCUGGAAUUCUGCAAGGUGGAGGGAAGCAAAAAGAGGUACGUUCAGAGGGCAGCCUUGUGGAUGGCCCCAGAGCAGACCAGAUGGAAUCGGAGAGGGCCAGUCAUGUGGCAGACAAGAGACUGAAUUCUGCUAAUGUUCAUCAGACUGAAAAUCUGAUCACAAAAUUGCAGAAUGGAAACCAAUUACCAGAAGCACUCCAACACCAAAUCAAUGGGGAUAACAAUUGGAACCCUUUUAAAAGUAACUUGGGAGUCAACCACAUGAAGAGGCAACAAGAAAACUAUUCAAGCCCUGCAAUAAUGCAAGACUUAAUUGAAAAUAACCCCUAUAUUCAGAAUGGAAUAAAGCAGGCUUUUAGUGAAUCGUCAUUACUGGAGCUUCAUGCGUCCAAAGAAGUCCGAUUAGAUUUGGAGGUAAAUGGCCAAGAAAGUAAAGUAGCAGAAAACAAUGUGAUCAAUGUGUGUAGCAAAAAAGAAGCUCUGGGGAUAGCAAGGACACAAAAUAGUUUUCCAGAACUAAAAAAGCCUUUAGAGUGUGAAUGUGACGGUCCUGAAUGCCCUAAACUUCAGAAACACAAUCAGGACAAGAAAAACUGUAACUAUUACAACAGGGACAUUUUUUCUCUACCCAGGAACAAGCAAGUGCCAAUCUCCAAUGGUGCUACAGUUUCUCCUUCCUCCAUGGAAAACAUGCACGGUGACCUCCUGGAAAAAACAUUGUCUCAGUAUUACCCAGACCAUGUUUCCAUUGCAUUGCAGAACACUGUAUCUCAGGAACAUGCUGUCAAAAGCCCUGUUGCAAAUGACUUGACCAUCGAGGCAACACAUUCACCCCACACCCCAGGUUUGGCAAUUUCACCCCAGACCUCUGCUUCUACACAUCCUCAAGUGCCAGAUACAGUCUCCCCAGAAGUCCACACCCCCAAUACCUAUAAUACACCAGUGAACAUGGACAGCUUCCUAAAUGAGUUUCAAGGAGAGCCCCAGCAGCCUAAACAGCAGCAAUCUUACAACCUGCAGAACAUUCCGGUGACAACUCAGCAAUGUCACGAGGGGCAGGUGCCCAGCAAAGUUCAACCUGCGAGACCUGGGAGUAGCUUACAAGGUCAAACCAACACAGAGUGUUUCUCCAAUGAAUCUGAGAUGUCAGCUAUGUUCCACAAACCAAAUGCAGGCCUAAGUGUAGAGCCCUAUGCUGGGGAAGUAGACAGAUUCAACCCUUUUGAAAACAUUAAUGAAAAAAUGGAAAGGAUAAUCAGAAAUGAGGAAUCUAAAACUGGACAUCGGUCACAGGCUUCCAAUCCCCUCUCACAGCCUCAGAACCUUCAACACAAAGUGCCAUACGCUACACAGCAACAGCUACGGGACUAUAAUGGCAUUCUGGGCUCACCUAUUUCACCUGUGCUACAGAACCAACUACCUCCACCACAGCCGAUUCAAGAUCCACCGAUCUCUGCAAAUGAUCUGAAACCACAGCCACCUUAUCAGCAGGGGCAGAAAGCUCUUCAGCACCUAAUUACCCAGCAAAAGCAAAGCAGUGAGAUGGAAAAUGAAAUGCCCUUUAAUGGGGAAGCUGGUGAAAUAUCACAGCAGGCACACCGCUAUCCUCAGAUGAAUUGGAUAGAUCUGAAUUCUUCGCAGCCUUCGCAGAAAGGAGUCAUGUCUCAAACGUGGAAGGAUUUAAAUGCAUUGUCACAGCAAUACAAGCAGAUGCAGAGUCAGGGGGAAACGCAAACACAGAAUACAGGGGAGAUGCAAGGCUUUCAAAUGCAGAGUUUCCAAAAGUUGACAUUACAGCAGCAGGAGCAGCAGAUGCCCCAAAUGUACAAACCUGGUUUAGCACAGGAUCAAACCCAGCAGGCUGCUGAAUGGGAACAACAGAAUUCAAAAACCUCUCCAGUGGUAGAAGCAGAAACUCACAACCAGCCAAACAUGCUGCAUCAUGGAAACCAGCAGUGCAAUCUGUCCCAACAGCAGGUACAAAAUCAGUUUCAGCCUCAGCUACAGCAAGAGCACUUAUGUGAUAAUACGCAAGAUACACAGCAAAUGCUGUCAUCAGAGUUUUUACAGGAGCAGCAACCACAUCAGCCUCAGUCUGAACAGCAACAGAUACAACAGGUCUUGCAGCAACACUCUUCUCAAGACACUAAGGGUGUACAAAUGGGUCCUCCACAAGAUCCUAUUCAAAGGUCAUUUGAUCGCCAGCUCUUGAAUAGGAUGAAGUUGGAGGAGUUCAUCAGGUUAGAAAGGCAACUUAAAACAUCAAGCUACAAAUCCCACCAAAUGCAGCCAGAAACAUUAGCAAAUGCUCCCAGUAAGGAACCUUCUGUAGAUCCAUACUUGGAAUCCACCCUACCAAGCACACAGCCUCCCCAAAAUAACUCUCUACACUUUUCAUAUGGGAAAGCCGAUGAUAGCAUUCCUCAGGAGCAAUAUAAGUUCAACAAAAUGCAAGAUAUGCAGCAAGCAAAGUACUUUCGAAGUCCUGGAGCCCCAAAGCAAUACUUGCAACAACAACAAAUCCAAGAGCACGGACAGCAAUUGACACAUAUGGGUAUCCCUCCACCACCACAGCAACAACUUCAACCAGGGCAAAGUUCUUUCAGCCAACAAGUCAUGGGCCAUAUUCACUCACAGAUAUAUACAAAAUCAGAAUCACAUGAACCCUGUGCUAAAACCCAACCAGAACAGCUCCCAAAUCAAAAUCACAGGGAAGUUCACAAGCAUGCUGCCCUUCGGUGGCACCUGUUGCAAAAGCAGGAACAACAAGCCUACCAUCAAAACUUGGAGGAGUUUAAAACGAUACUGAAGUCCAUCAAAAGUGAACACAAUCCUCAGUCUAAGCCUUCUGUGCCUCUGCAAGCCAGAGAAAUGGGAAAUGCAAUGAUGGGAAACGUGAUUAAACAAGAAUUCCUGCCGUUGAACUGUCAGCAGAAGAGCAUCAUUGCCACGAUGGAGCAGCAGCUCAAACAGUACCAGCUUUCCCCCUUGUUUGAAAGAAAAGAUAUGAUUAUAAAGUCGCCCAAGCAGGUCAAAGUUGAAACGACAGGCGCUGUAACCAUUCUGUCGACCAACGUCGACCUAAGAGGGGAGGACAAAAGGAUGUCCUCUGAUUUUACACCAACCAAGAGAACUACAGACCACAACCUUAACAAUUUUUUACAAUCUCCUCUAAAACUGAUGGAUACUCCUAUCAAAAACCUACUGGAUACACCAAUUAAAACUCAGUAUGAUUUCCCAUCCUGUCACUGUGUUGAACAACUCAGUGAGAAAGAUGAAGGUCCCUACUAUACUCAUCUUGGAGCUGCACCAAAUGUAGCAGCUAUCAGGGAAAUCAUGGAAACUAGGUUUGGCAAAUCAGGAAAAGCUAUCAGGAUUGAGAAAGUUGUCUAUACAGGGAAGGAGGGAAAGAGCACACAAGGGUGCCCCAUCGCUAAAUGGGUGAUCCGCAGGAGUGGUGUGGAGGAGAAGGUGCUUGUCCUGGUGCGAGAGCGGGCUGGCCACAGAUGCGAAACUGCUACCAUAGUUAUCCUGAUCCUAUUGUGGGAUGGCAUCUCUACUACUCUUGCUGACUCACUGUACACGGAGCUGAGUGAAACCUUGCGGAAACACGGUGCUCUCACGAACCGGAGAUGUGCAAUAAACGAAGAGAGAACAUGCGCUUGUCAAGGUCUGGACUCAGAGGCAUGUGGAGCUUCUUUCUCCUUUGGCUGCUCCUGGAGUAUGUACUACAACGGCUGUAAAUUUGCCAGAAGCAAAGUCCCCAGAAAGUUCAAGCUACUAGGGGAUGACCCCAAAGAGGAAGAAAGACUAGAACAGAAUCUGCAGAGUCUGGCAACUUUGAUGGCACCAGUUUACAAACAAAUGGCUCCUGAAUCGUAUUUCAACCAGAUUGAACAUGAACACAGAGCACCAGACUGCAGACUGGGGUUGAAAGAAGGCCGUCCAUUCUCAGGGGUGACUGCUUGUCUGGAUUUCUGUGCUCAUUCCCACAGAGACCUGCAUAACAUGCAGAGUGGCAGUACUUUGGUAUGUACUCUAACUAGAGAAGACAAUCGGGAAAUUGGAAAAUUACCAGAAGACGAACAACUCCACGUGCUGCCUUUAUAUAAAAUUUCCCAGACUGACGAGUUUGGAAGCUUUGAAGCUCAGCAAGAGAAGGUUAAAACAGGUGCUAUCCAGGUGCUUAACGGUUUCCGUCGGAAAGUCCGAAUGCUUUCUGAGCCUGCCAAGACUUGUCGCCAGAGAAAGCUGGAAGCAAAGAGGACUGCAGCAGCCAAGCCUUCAAACCAGGACACACCAAGCAAGGCAGACAAGACUAAUCAAGCGCGACUAAAGCAAAGCACUUACGACAACACAGUCCAAAGCACACCAAUGUCAGGUCCUCAUGCUGCUCAAGGUCACAUUGGGGCUUCACGGGCUGGUGUCCAACAACAUUCUCUUUCCAAUCACCAGCAAAAGAAUCCUCCAAACCAUUAUCCUGGUUCUCUGCAUCCAUCAAACUACCCACAACUUCUUAACCCAGCAAAUCCAUAUCCAAGCACUUCCCAACCUGCAGGGUCAUACCAAGUCUCCUCAACCCCUGGGAAUCCUUACACAAGCUCUUUACAUGUAACAAACUCAUACUUAAAUGGGUCAAAUCCCACAAACCCUUAUCCAGGUUCCUUAAACCCCAACAACCAUUAUCCAGGUUAUCAAUGCAAUGGAAACAUGCUGAUGAACAACUAUCACCAUUUUAUGGGCUCUUACAGUUCAAAUCCUCAACAUAUGGAUGCCAUUCGGCAUCAAAGUUCAGAAGCUUUGAACAAACUGGGUUUGUCACAGGUUCCAUCACUUUAUUCUCAGCAGCCAUAUGGCAGCCAUCAGGGCUAUGGAAUAAGUUAUUCCCCUCGUUAUGGUGAUCACAACAUACAGGUCAAUGGUUACAGUAACUGCAACAUGAGACCCAAUGUUCAUCACAUGGGUCCUUACUCUUCUUUUGCCCCAAACCACCAGGUUGAUCCUCAUUUUCUAGAGGCCAUUCCUCAAACACCAUCUUCUCACUCAGGUCUGGACUUUCCAGCAGUUAGCAAAGGCAGCCAGUACCCUAGAUAUCCCAAUCCAUACCUAGUACAGAGACAAAAUUCUGCAAUGUUCAACGCACCCCCUGAUUCUUUUCAUAUGCAAAAUAAAAAUGAAAUUAAUUUGCAUGGCUCAAAUGGUAUAUCAAGGAUGCUUCCAUCAAUGAUAAAUGAACUUUCUAAUCCUUCCCAAACUGGGUAUGGGUUAACUAAUGGUAAUAUUCAGGAGAACCCAGCACAACCUGCUGCUGCUCCUGCACAGAAUGCUAAAGAAGUUAAUGAGGAGGUUUGGUCAGACAGCGAGCACAACUUCCUGGAUCCAGAAAUCGGAGGAGUUGCCGUGGCACCCAGUCAUGGCUCAAUUCUAAUUGAAUGUGCAAAGAGAGAGCUCCAUGCGACAACCCCUCUGAAGAAUCCCAACAGGAACCAUCCCACCAGGAUCUCGCUUGUGUUCUACCAACACAAGAGCAUGAAUGAGGCCAAACACGGCCUGGCGAUGUGGGAAGCCAAGGUCGCAGAAAAGGCUAGAGAGAAGGAAGAGGAAAGUGAAAAACAGGGCUCAGACAACAUGCCAACCAAACACAAUGGCAAAAAGGUCAAGCGGGAGCAUUCUGAAAUGAGCGAACACUCAGAACCACCAUACAAGCGCUUCAUCCAAACCCUCUCGCAAAAGUCCAUGUCCUUGACAACAGACUCCAUGGUGACAACAUCUCCAUACGCCUUCACACGGGUCACAGGGCCUUACAACCGAUUUUUUUAGCUUUGCAUUCAGGUUUGAUAUGCAGAUGCCUAGGUCUACAACCAUGUUUGCUAAAAAUGUAAAACCUCAGCAUACCAGACUGUUUUUCCUAUCACAUGCUAUCUAAAGCUCAUCAUAAAAGAACGUCUAUGGUAAGUAUCUGGGAAUAACACAAGAUGAUCCUAUGCAAGUUUAAAUUCUAUAUUAUAAAACUACUGUAACUGUAACUAAACAGACCUGUGACCUCUAAUUACUGAGCUUUACUAACUCUGGUGUGACAGCAUGGCAGUAUUUAUUUACAAAAUACAUAACUGCCCUCUGGUGCUGAAUGUCCUAAUGAUCAGGACUGCUACUGGAAUCAAAGAUUUCAUAUGGUGUUUAUAUAUAUAUAUAUAUAUAUAUAUAUAUAUAUAUAUAUAUAUAUAUAUAUAUAUAUAUAUAUAAAAUAAACAAUUUUAUUUAUCAGUAUCAUUUAAUUUGAAAAUAGUAACACUGACUUUAGGGUUAUUUAAGUCAUGGUGCUAAAAAAAAAGAGGAAACUUUAACAUAAAGUUUCCUUUUAAAUGCUUUUGUAUUCUAUGAAAUAUUGGUUUGUAUGUUACUUUCAAGGCAAGGGGCCUUUUAACUUAACUAGCAAUGUAUUGUUUUAAAAUGAAAUGUCCUACAUUUUAAAUGUAGAACUUUUGAAGACAUCUGGGUUGUACUGAAGUCUUCAUAUAUGAAAUGUGGUGGAUUUUAUAAAAUACUGGUGUUUGUAAAGCACUUUGUGGAUUUAAGCUUAAAGUGUUUGAAGGGUGAAAGGGUACCUUCAAGAUUUUACUGUAAAAUUUAUGAUGCAAAAAAAGCAUCAUAAUUUAUUUUAUGGAUAUUUUAGCAAUACUAUUGCUGAUGGGCUAUGUAUACAUUUUUAUAUGAUUAGUUACAGUACAGUUGGGACUUACUGGACGCAAAUAUAAUUUUUACACAAAUAUUUUUGGUGCUUAUCUUACAGUUACACUGAAAAGAACAUAUCUUUGUAAGUCAAAUACAUACUGAUCAAUUUUAAGAUGCAUUUUUUGGAUAGAUGUUAGGAACUAAAACUAAUUACCAGCAUGGUUUUAUGUUACACAAAAACAAAUAGCAUAGGCCAGAUUGUCUGCUCUGGAACUGUAUAUUAUCAAUCAAUAAGACAGGUUCAUUUUAAAAUUAAUUACUAAUAGUUACAUCAAUGACUGCUGUAAUUACGAACAUCUUCUUUGUACAAAAAGGUGCAGGAAGCCGUUACUUGGGCAACAGAGGUGGAACAGGGUUAGCUGUAUGUAAUUGCAAUGAUUUCCAAGGCAACUGGUUUGCUGUGGGGGAGGGGUUAAAGCAUUGUAAUCCAUAAUCUAGUUGUGUAAAUCAAAUCAAAUCAAAUAAAAAACGUAAAAAAAAAAAGUUGUAAUUUAAUUACAAACUUUUUUUUUUUUAGAUUACGCUUUAGAAUUUACUGCUAUAAAAAAAGAAAAAAAUGUAAUACUUUUUUGGGGUUUGAGCUGAUUUUAUUUCAAAAAGGUGCUAUUCGACCUGCUACAGGUGUUUAAUGUGAGUUUCUAUGGGAGAGGUGAGAAGGAUUUUGUGUGAUGUUCCUACUUGUCAUAUACCUCAGCACUAGUUUGGCAAUAGGAUUAAGAUAAUAAAGGUGUUGGUUUUACAGUUUCAUACAUCAUCAUGGUUACCUAUAUCAACAACAAAAACGCCUUUAGAGAGAAUAAAAAACAAAAAUACUUUAGUUUGCAUACUUGAUCUCUUAUCUGUAACUUGAAAUUUGAUUCAAUUCAAUUGAUUUUUAAAAACAAAAUCAGGGAUAUUUCAGCUCAUGUUCUCCUUCUGCCAACUUCGCCUGUGUUUAUCUUUUUUUAUUGUAAUACUUUCUUCCGGAAUUUAACGUCUUUGUUUUUAACCCCCAUUUAUCUUUACUUGUAUAUUAAAUAAAUAAAACUACCUUUGUAAAUGAUGGUAGUUUUAAUGUACUUAAGUUGUGUAGAUUGUUUUUGACUUCAAAGAAUAUAUUUGAAAGUACAGUAUGCACUGAGCUGAUAAAAGGGAAAAGCAUGGCACUGACCUUGUAAACAGCAAUGUAUUUGCUCAUUGCGCAAAAGAGAAAAUACGGCAGUUAUGGCAUUAAAUGCACAUUCUGUGCCUGUGUAAAAUUUAUUUAUAACCACUAAACAAUUAUGUGUGUGCUUGUUUUUUUCAAUUACAAUUAAUUACAUAUUAUGGGAGAGAGUGUGCUGUGAGUGUUUUUUUUUUUUAAGAACAAAAAAUUGAUUUAACAAAAGAUUCAGGGAAAAAAAAUGGUAAGACCUAAAAAUAUUUUAAAUAAUUAAUGCCAUAUGUAUAUAAAACAUGUACAUGUAUUUUAUGUAAGUUUAAAUCUUGAUUCGACUUAUUUUAAUUCCUUUCUCUUGGAUGAUGUAAUUAUUGUAAUUGCCAACAGCAACAACUUACCACAUUUUUUUUUGGCCCAUUGAUUAUUAUACAAAAAAACAAAAUGUUUUAGACUAUCACAAAAUGUGAAUAAUAGCAGGGAACAGUUUUGCACCACAUCUCUGUAACUGCCUUAUUAAAUGGCAUAUAGUGCUGUAUACUCUGUCACUGCUUGAUUGUUAGAAAGAAUUAUUGUAAAAGACUUGGAUUUGUAAAUUAAUAAACUAUAACUUAUGGUGUACAGGACCCAGCCUCGGUAGAGGAUGUGUUAGGAUAAAACAGUGUACAGGAUAUAUCGGGUGAUCAUAGCCAUACUUGAAGAUGCUUCUGAGUGGUGUCAACAUUACUUGAAUGAAUUUUUGAGCUUGAUUGACACAAAAUAGUGUACAGUUCACUUGUUAAGCUAGCAGUUAAUGUAUACUCACGUGUUGGUAUUUAGCAGUUUGACACUAAAGUAAUGAAACUCUGUGUGUUAUUUUACCGCUUUCGUCCUAUAUUUUUUUACUCGGCUUUCCUCAUUUCCAUGAUGUUUGGUAUGUUAAAAACUGAGGAUGGUUAUAAGUAAGUAUUGUAAUGUACUGAAUGCAGUUUAUUUGAAAGCUGUUUGUUGUAUCAUUCCUGAUAUUGCUGAGAUGUGGGUGUUCAAUAAAAUUUAUAUUUAUUUAAAGCUCUAA